AUGGUAUUUAUUAUACUUCAAGUUACUCAAAAAACAGUUGCAAAAAGAAAUUGUGCAAGACAAACAUGUUUUAGUAAUUUAGGUUGUUUUUCAAGCUAUACAAGCAAUCAAAAUAAUAAGGCAUGGAUUAAAAAUAAUACAAAUACUACACAACAAACUGAUGAUUUGAAUAGAUUUUCAUUGAGACAAUUACUAAUUAAUUGUCCAAUAAGUCCGGAUGAUAUGAAUGUCAGUUUUAUAUUAUUUAGAAAUCAUACAAAUAAAGGCAUUAUUAGUAAAAAUUUUGCAUUUAAUUCACCGGUUGUUGAUAUUAUGAAAAGUAAUUUAUCAAUCAAUCAGAGGACAGUCAUUAUAACUCACGGAUGGUUUGAUUAUUAUGGAAAUAGACAGUGGAUGGAUGAUAUGCGUGAUUAUUUUCUUGGUUACAAUUUUAAUGUAAUAAUAUAUGAUUGGAAAAUACCGGCAUCCGAUGAUAAUUACUUUAACUCGGCAUUCAAUACUCAAAUAGUUGGCUCAAUGUUGGCAUACUUUAUACGGACAUUAAAUACAAUGGGAGUCAAUCUACAAAACAUUCAUCUAAUUGGUCACAGUCUUGGGGCACAUGUUUGUGGAUUUGCCGGCAAAAACUUUACCGAUCCUAAAAUCGGACAAAUUUCCGGUUUAGAUCCCGCAGGGUUUGGAUUUUGGUCAACAAAUAAACGUUUGCUGCCAUCCGAUGCUAAGCUAGUUGUGGUUACACAUACAAGUGGUGGUCUGACUAAAUGGGAUGGAUCAUAUGAUGAUUUAAUACAAAUGAGUGGUUAUUUAGGACAAUCGGAUUCAUUGGGUCAUUACGAUUUUAGACCAAAUGGAGGUACGGGACAACCAGGUUGUAUAUCAAGCAUUUCAUCCUUUAUAGCUAAUAUGAACAAAAAAAGUGAUGCUAAAGUUGGAGAUUGCAAUCAUCAAAGAGUUCAUCAGUUGCUUAUAGCCAACAGAAAAUUAAGAUCAACUAAUAGUUGCAAAAUGAUUGGUUAUCACUGCGAUAGUUAUAAUGAGUUUCUUAAAGGCAAUUGUGCCGAUUGUGGUAGUGAUGGACAGAGAUGUAAACCAGUAGAGUUUGACAUCAAUUACUGGAAAAAUCCGAUAAAUGAUAAAAACUUGACAUUAGUUAACAAUAAUUAUUAUUUUCUCACAACAGAUACUGAUCCUUACUGUCUGUUUCACUACCAAAUUGUUAUUUAUAUUAACAAAAAGUUUAGUUACGGUUAUCUUAAUCUGACAUUAAUAUUAAAUCCAAACAAUACGGUUGAAUUUACAAUACAUUCAUCUCAAUUGAAAAUCAAUCAGUCGUACAAUCAUUUGUAUACCAGUGCUAAACAUUUGGGUGUAAUUACAAGUGCAGAGAUGACUAUAAAAAAAUUUGGUAUUAUUAAUACCACUAAUGAUGUAUUAGCUCGUUAUAAUUUAUCGUCAAUUACCCAAAUAAAUGUUACACAAAUUGAUAUCAAAUUUAUGAGUUCUAUGGAUAAAAAGGAAAGGCAAAAAUAUUCAGCACAACUAAAUUAUUUAACUGGCAAUACUAAUACAACAAAAUUUGCGAUCAAUAAUAGUGAUAAACAGUGA